AUGGCGGGAAGCAACAGCGAAGAACCACUGGUGGCUUAUUUCAUCCGAGAGAUACAGCGGAAGGAUGAAGAGAUUGAGGUCAUGCGAACGCAGAAGCUCGACGACGACGCAGCCCUCCGUAUCGCUCACGAGAGGAUCGCUCAGCUUGAGAAGCAGAUAAAGAAGCAGAUAGCGAUAAAAACACAGCCCUGGCCAAGAGGACAGCACAACAACGAUGAGUGUAGCCGUUCUUUCGCCGGUAAGGUAAAGUCCACUGCUGACGCUGCCACUGGCAAGGCGCUCAAGGGCAAACAACCAAUUAUGCCGACUACCAAAGCAUCUCUAUCGUCCGAGAAGUUCCAAAUUCCCGGCAAAAAAAAGGAGAAAACACUGGUACAAUUCUUGGCAAAAGACCAACAUGAAGAGAGCCUAUAG